AUGUCCGUAGAUAAAGUGGAGCUGCCGCGGGAGCUGCCGCCACAUCCGGCACCAAACAUGCUUAACUCGUUCAUGACACGCUACGACUACGACUACAAUCGUGACUUUGUAUCCACUGGCACCGGCGACGGCGCAAAGGGCGAAGAUGACACGGCUGUAAGCGGCGAGGUGCGCAAUCGGCCCAUCUUCUGCUUUGGUCCUGCAAUGCCAGGAAGUUACGGCACUAUAUACCGACGUGACUAUGUGCGGCACAACCGGGGUGUGAAGGACCUUCCCGAUUUGUUGCGAACCGCAUGUGGUGAGCAUGAUGUUGCUUCUUCCUUUGCAAGGGAUUAUUAUCGACCAGAUUUCACAAAGCAUAACACCGCGGACGGGGCCCACCCUAACACGACCUACAAGACGGACUACACACUCAGUGGACGUGUUCCAAAGGGAGAGGCGACAUUGUACGCUGGGGCUCGCGCAGCCGCUUUUGACCCUGAUUUUCUGCUUAUACCAGCUUCAGAAGAUCUCCCUCGCGCAGAGGCGGAGUUACCACCAAAGAUUACAUCAAAGGAGUCACUCCUUCCAAAAGUUCAAACGUCACGGGAUAAUGGUGAUAAGGACCAGAAGGAAGAUUUGUUUGCUUCACGACGACCACUCUUAACGAUAGGAGGUCCCCCGACAGACUAUUAUUGUACAUCUUGGGUUUACGGUGAUAAGAGCCUGGCAUAUCCAAGUCAACUACCACGGGGUAUUGAAGAAUCCCUGAAUGCACAUCUCAUAGGGACAAUGGAUGAUAAAGCCGCAUUACUCGCCCUACUUGCAGGGAAAAGAAGACCAGUUGGGAAGCCACACCCAAUAUAUGACGAUACGAACCCUAUUCCAAUCCUUAGAUCAGAACAGCCUUAUUGUGCUGUAACACGGCGGAUUGACAAUGAGGGACAUGUGAAAAUGAGCAUGUACAAAAGUGACUUUAUUCGUCAAGGAUUGUUACCAGAACUUCCUGACGCGGUUGGAUUAUCUGGAAAGGAAGGGGCGAUUGAAAAUGGUGAUCGGCAUUUGGCAUGUGCGGGGGAAAUGUUGGCCGGUACUCUGACACGGUAUGUGAAGAGACUUGAAACACUGCGUAAUUCUCACGGUAACCUCUUAAAGGAAAAACCAGAUACCUCUGUUGUAGAUCCACAUACGUGGAAACAAAUGAAAUCGCUUGAGAGACGCAUUAAGGUGGAUAAAGCCGAUCCACAUCGUCAUAAAUUGCAUUAA